AUGUCAACGUCCACGUAUUCAGCCACAGACGGUGCGUCACGCCGCCGCGGCCCGAACCCGAAUGCGAGAAUCGAAGUCCUCAUUCCGUCUCCAUCAAAAGCGAAAGAGCAGUUAGCUUCCAAGUCCAAUCCAAAUGGCCAUCUUCGCAAUGCUUCUAAAUCUGCUUCUGCUCCCGAGCCAAAGAGCCAACUUAAACGACGUGAGUCGCGCUCGUGGCUUCGCCGCUUCAAGCAUCGCGCCGUGAAGCACACGUGGUUGGUGCCGCUCAUUCUGGUUUUGGCGUUCCUUUCGGUGUAUGCGCUCAAUCCGACCCCGAGCAAUAUCGUUCAUCGCUUUAUCUUCCUUUCCUAUGAGCAGUCGCCCGUUGACAUCGGCGGGCCCGUUCAAUAUGGUAAGGGAUUGUGGGAUGUGGCCUUCGUUGCUUUCUAUACGAUUGUUUUGUCCUUCACGCGCGAGUUUAUCAUGCAGGAGUUGCUGAGUCCCUUUGCGAGAUUCUGUGGCAUUCGGUCGCAGCGCAAACAGGCCCGGUUCAUGGAGCAGAUGUAUACCGCUAUCUACUGUGCUUGUACUGGUGCUGCGGGUCUGUAUGUCAUGUCGCGCACGCCUGUUUGGUAUUUCCGUACCGCUGGUAUGUAUGAGGGGUUCCCGCAUCGCACGCAUGAGGCUGCUUUCAAGUUUUAUUACUUGUUUGAGGCGGCUUAUUGGGCUCAGCAGGCUCUUGUUAUGCUGCUUGGGCUGGAGGAGCGGCGGAAGGAUUUCAAGGAGCUUGUGGCUCAUCAUAUUGUCACUUUGGCUUUGAUUGGGUUGAGCUACCGAUUCCAUUUCACUUAUAUUGGAAUUGCUAUUUAUACUACUCAUGAUAUCAGUGAUUUCUUCCUUGCGAUCUCUAAAUCCUUACACUAUGCGGGAUCGGACAUCAUGAUGCCCUUUUACGCUCUUAACGUGGUUGCGUGGAUCUAUCUGCGUCACUACCUGAAUCUCCACAUUCUCUACUCCUUGCUUACUGAGUUCCGAACCAUUGGCCCGUACGAACUCAACUGGGAAACUCAGCAAUAUAAAUGCUGGAUCUCAAAUAUCAUUACGUUCGCUUUGCUGGCCAUGCUUCAGAGUCUCAACCUAUUCUGGCUUUACUGUCUCGGGCGCAGCUCUUGGAAGUUUAUCACCACCGGUGAGAAAAAAGAUGAUCGCUCUGAUGAUUCGGGUCCUGAAGAAGAUGCCCAGGCUCCGGAGAAUGAGUCUGUCAAGCACUGA